AUGUCUACCAUUACUUUAACUAAGGAAUCUCACAAGAACCCAACCAAGUUUAGGGCGGAUUAUGAUAAUGAACGGAUUGCAUUGGGUUUCACAGCAGGUAGUUCAAUUAAUUCUUCCUUACCACCAAUCCGCUCAUCUUCGAAAGUUGCAAUUGUAGGAGCAGGGUUUGGUGGCAUUGGAGCUGCCAUAAAGACAGCCAAAGAUCUUAAAGAGACAGAUUUUGUUAUGUUCGAAAAGCACGAUAAUUUUGGAGGUACUUGGUGGGCCAACACAUAUCCGGGUUGUGCCUCUGAUAUUCCAGCUAUAUGGUACUCAUUUUCAUAUGCCUUGACUACAAAUUGGAGUAGAGUACAACCUCCUCAGUAUGAAAUGGAAGAGUAUCUAUUGAGAAUUGUUGAUCAGUAUGAAUUGAGAGAAAAAGCUAGAUUCAAAACAUCUGUUGACUCUUUUGAGUAUGAUGAGAAUUCUGGAUUAUGGACCCUACACGCACAUAAUCUCAACACGGGGCAAAAGAUUGAGCAUACGUGCAAAUUAGUUGUAUCAUGUCGUGGUGGUUUGGUGCACCCACGUGAUCUUGAUGCUCCUGGGCUUGAAAAUUUUGGUGGUAAAUACAUGCACUCCGCAGUAUGGGAUCAUUCAGUUGAUUUCAAAGGUAAGAAUGUGGUUGUAGUUGGUAAUGGAUGUUCCGCUGUCCAGAUCGUUCCUACGUUAUUAAAUGAUCCACAAUACAAUGUGGGAUCUCUAACUCAAGUAUUUCGAUCAAAACAUUACAUCAUGCCGCCAGUUCCCCCAAUUUUGCUUAAACUUUACCAUUUUAUGAGUUUCCACUUUUAUGGUUUGAUGAUGGUGCGUUGGUUCUUAGUUUUCAUUUCAGAGAUUAGAUUCCCGUUAUUCAAAGGAGAUGGUUUCUUUGCUAGGUUUUUUAGAAAAAGACUCAGGAAACGUUCUGUUGAUUAUAUUCACCUGACAGCACCAAAAAAGUACUGGGACAUGCUCAUCCCCAACUUCAAAGUUGGUUGCAAAAGAAUGAUUCUUGAUUACCAGUAUGUUCCUACUUUGCUGAAUCCUCGUCUUACCCUCGCUUAUUCUGGUCUAAAAGAAGUAGUCAAAGAUGGGGUUAUCUUAGAUGAUGGUCGCCACGUAAAAGCAGAUAUCAUUGUUGCUUGCACUGGUUACGAUCUUGACAAGUCUGCAAAAUUGCCAGUUACCACUACAACUGGAAGUACUGUCUCUGAGUUAUGGAAAAAGGAAGGUACAACUGCUUAUCGCACAAUAUUGGUCAAAGAUGUUCCCAACUUAUUUGUGAUUGGCGGUCCAAAUAGUGGAACAGGACAUUCAUCAGUCAUUAUGGCACUAGAAAAUGCCAUUGAUUACUACGCAAAAGUCGCCAAACCCGUCAUCAAAGGUGAAAAGAAAUCUGUCGUGGUAAAACCAGAAGCGUAUGAUAAUUGGAGAGUAACAAUUCAAAAUGAAUUGAAAAAGAGUGUGUUCGGUACCAAGUUCGGUGGGUGUGUUUCCUGGUAUAGUAAUGAAAAGGAAAACCCGACUGCCUUUGCUUGGAGUCAAGUGUAUUAUUGGUAUAUUACUCAUUUCCCCAACUACAGAGAUUUGAUUUAUGAAAAUCAUAAGAAAAAAGUUGAUUGA